UCUGUACGUUUGGAGUCCCCACUGAAUAAUUUCUCCUAGUCGGUGUGAAGAAUAGUUUCCCGCCAAAUCUGGGCUAACGGGGAAUAAUAAGACAGGUCGCCAAAUUAUUAAUUGCAUUUGCUUCCCCGUUCUUUGCCAUUGUAAAGGAUUUCGAAAGAAAUGGAGAUUUUACGAUCUCAAAAGAAGCCCACUGCGGAAGCCGCCUCGAAUCUCUCCCUUUACCGCUGCGCUCCUAGUCUGGAGGUCAGGCUUGACGAUUUCGAGCUAUAUGCCAUCGAUCGUCUUCGCGUCCUUAAAGGAAUUUCGAAUGGCUUAUCCCGCGGUAAGAGGCCGGAUGAGAUGGAAACACUGGUGAAUGAACUGUGGAGAACAAAUAUGAGGCAUCCGGAUGUUACUCAGCUCAUAAACAAGGAUUUAAUCUCACAUUUUGUGCUUCGUCUUGUGUAUUGUAGAACGGAUGAACUGAGGAAAUGGUUUCUUUCUAUGGAGACAGCCCUUUUCCGUUACCGCUUUCGUCUAGAAAGUCUUGAAUCCCAGAGAAUGCUUAUGGCUGAGUUUCAGCUUCCUUAUAAAGCGUUGAAUUAUGUGGAAUACGAGCGUGUGAAAGAUAAGUUGACUCAGGUCUCUCGUUCUAUCGGCCAGUCUUCUAAUGUUGACACAAUCUUCUUCAAGGUGCCAUUCGAAGAAGUUCCAGAACUUGUUGCUAAUCGCAGAGUAUUUCUGCUUAAGGGUAAUGCAUAUGUUGCUAUGAAUCAGGUGGCAUCUAUUGUUGUUUCUCAUUUUCGCAGCAACCUUUCUAAGGCUCUUGUGUUGACUAACAGAAAAUGGACAUCUACUAUUAGGGAGCAAGAGAAAGAUAGAUUGACUCCUAUUGUUGAAGCACUAGGUUCAAGUUACUUGGGGCCUGACUACUCUCAGCCUAUGGAAUUUACCGACAUAUCCUUAAAGGACAUUGAUCAAUUAGCCAACACUUCAUUUCCUCUUUGCAUGCGCCAUUUAUUUAAUAGGCUAAGAGAAGACCACCAUUUAAAGCAUGGAGGAAGGAUGCAACUGGGUCUUUUCCUAAAGGAGCGGAAGUUUUCUCGCCGGGCUGUGAUUUUCGUAACUUCUCCCUUCUUCGUUUGUCCGGACUUCGCUUCCUUUCGACGACACUUCCUGGAAGGAAUUCGGAAAGUUUUACCGCAUUUUGAUUCGGAAGCCGGAGCGGGAAUCGCUUUUGCCGUGAGAAUAACUUUCUGCCUUCCGUGCGUUUCUUCGGCAUCCUUCCUGGCUGUCCGACAUCGCUCCUCCGUCAACUUUUCCCUUCCUGUUUUCGUGGCCGGAAGUUACGACUUAAGAUCCGGAAGCAAGAACCGGAGCUCCGCCGGCUGUGAGGGCUUGAUUGAGGGAGACCAGAUGAAGAUAAAAUGGAAUAGUUCUAGAAAUAGUGUAACAGUCUUAAUGUUUCUGCCAUCUAGAUGGCUUCCUAUGAGCCAUGAAAAUGAUGGUGUGGUUCAUCUGUU